UUAUGGAAGUUGUAGAGCCGGCUAAACAUUUAGUUGUCGUGUGGCCUUUGAAAGCGUUGCAUGUUUUUUUUUCGAGAGAGAGGAUUAUAAUAAUGAAGAAAAGUGAAAUGAAAUAAACAAAAAGAAAAAAAACGGCGGGGAAGCGAAAUUAUAAAAUUUUUACAAAAAAUUGUGAAAAAAAAUAAAUUAAUAAAAAUAUUUUUAAUAAAAAAACAAAAAAUUAAAAAGAAAUUGGUUGAAGAAAAUAUCGUAAAUUGAAGGUUUCUAAUGGAAAACAGUUGCAUAAAUAUACAGUUACUGAUUACUAAAGAAAUCUUUCAAAUGUGAAUAUUAAUGAUAUGGUUACUUACCUAAAGGAAAUCAUUGAAAAAAACAAGUGGUUACUUUGAUGACCAAAUCUGUGAAUUAAAAAACAAAAAAAGAAAAUUUUAUAUAAAAAAUCAAAUAAAAAUUUUUAUCUAAAUAACGAGUUUACAACAAAUAAAUUUUAAUAAAAUUUUUUACAUAAAGUAACCACUAACCAAGGAAUAUUUACAAGUGGUUACUUAAAAAUACAAAUUUAAACAAAAUUAUUUAUAUUGAGAAAUAAACUAAAACCUAAUAGUUUAUUAACAAGGUUUCAAACAAAUUAACGGUGCUACCAGAAAGUAUGCUUUAAAAAAUAUAUCAAAAAAAUGUUUUAAAUAAACAACGUUAAGUUUAAAAUUAACAGAAAUUAUGAUUUGAGUUAAAAAUAAAAACAUAAAACAAACUUUGAAUCAAAAAUGGGCAACUCGUCCUCAUCGCAUGGCAGCAAAAGCAGUCGAAAAUGUCGCAGUCUACCCAAUUCACCAGAUGUACGAAGACAAAUACCACAAGCUUACACCAAAGCCAAUGGCACUGCCAUACCAUUACCCGCCACGGUUAUGGUACAAAGACGUUGUCCCCCGGAUAAAGUGAGACCUCUACCGCCCACACCAAAUCAUACACCCUCCAUACCUGGUUUAGGCAAAAGUGGCAGCGAGUUCAAUAGCAGCCGUCCCAAUAGUCCACCCUCCAGUAAUCACAGUGUACAAAGUUUAAAAAGUGGCAAUAAUAAUGGACUACGACCACCUAGUAUUAAGUCGGGUAUACCGGCACCUGGAACCACCAUUACACCCACCGCUAAUGGCCAACAGAAACACUCCAUGUUGGAUAAACUCAAGCUGUUUAAUAAGGAGAAAUCCUCUCAACAGCAGCAGCAACAACAAACCACCUUAAAUCAAACCAAUAAAAAUCAAAUGCAAUCGAAAAGAACCUCCUCUUCAUCGGGUUUCUCAUCGGCUAGAUCAGAAAGAUCUGAUUCCAGCUUGAGUCUUAAUGAUGGUCAUAUAUCGCAAAUCAAACCACCCACAGUUUCGCUCACAUCGGCCAGUAACAAGCGGGCGGACGCGAAAGGUAAACAGUCCAGCCUGCUAAAGCAACAAACCAAAAAGGAACAAGUGAAAAAUUCCAGUAAAUUAGAAAAAGAAAAAAGUCCCGCCCGAUCUUUGCAUAAAGAAGAGUCAGGUAUGGAGAGUAGAUCGUCCACCUUGAAUAGAAGUAAAAAUUCUUUAUCGCGCACAGGAUUAAGUAAUGACAAAUCAAAGACCUCUAGUAGAACUUCCCUAAACAAUAAAUCGGAAUCGAAGACAUCAUUAAUAAUGCCUCCGUCUAAGGCCUUAAAUAGUCCCAAUGGUACCGCUUUACCCAAACCUAUAGCGGCCAUUAAGGGCACCAGUAAACUGCAAACAGCAGCUGACAAUAAAACACGCCUCAGCAAUUCCAAUUCUUCACAAGACAUUAUGAUGAAAAGAGAAAAGAGUGACAUAUCAAACGCACAACAGCAACAUCAUCAUCACAUAUCGAAUCAUGCAGCAACUGCAACCAACAAUUUACAGCAACAACAACAACAACCACCACCCACACAUAUCGUUAAACCUGUCAACAUGUUGCAGGAAACACAAACCCAUAAACCUCCCUACUAUGCCAAUACAACACAACAGCAGCAACAUUUAAUGCAGCAGCAACAACAACAACUUUCAACACCUAUUCAAGAGCCUACCUACAGCCGUUUGCCUCCUCCUAAAACAGGUUUAGGCACUCCCUCCUCUGUAAGAAAAUUGGAAUAUAAUUCCGGCCCCGGUGUACUGCAGCCUCAACAGCAUUCUCCUCUUAGAACACUAACUGCACCAGCUGCUACACAUUCCCAACCGGUUACGCCCACUACACAACCGCCCUCUUCGCUCAACAAUACAGCAGCUAAUAAAUUCCAUACCAUACCCUCUAAAAUAGUGGGUACUAUCUAUGAAGAAGAUAAACCGGUAAAUGUACAACCCAUGCGUCCUCUUUUAAGAGGUUAUAACUCUCAUGUUACCCUACCCACUCGAGGCUCACGUGGCACACAUCACUAUGUCUCGGAAUUUUCCGAGAAUGACAUCAGUCAAGGCUAUUGUAGUGAUGGUGAUUCUUUAAGAUUUAGCAGCUCACGCAUGGGUGGCCAUCAGUCGCCUUUGCAGGGUUCACCACGUUUUCAUGACAUCGAUAAUGGUUAUCUAUCAGAAGGUAGCAGUGGCAUUGGACUACAACAGAAUGGUCAUGGUAAACAUUUCUUAAGUAUGAUGCGUGCCCGUACUCAACUGCCGACGACCAUUGAAGAAAGAAUACGCAACAGUCGCGGCAGCUUAGAUAGCAUAGGCACAGCGGCCGCCUCUUCGGCAGCUUCUCAGGCCAGUUCCAGCGGAGGCUCUAAUCCCAAAAUGGACAUGGCCAAUGGUUUAAAUGGUUCGGGCAAUAACAGCGCCAGCAAUAGUCCCCAACAUCAUCACAGCAGUCCCAGUCAUCAUCGCUCUUCAUCACGUAAUGGCCGUGAUAAUUGGUCCAAAAUGCCAGAACCUCUUAAUGGUCAGAAAUCGGAGCACAAGGAAAAGUCUUCACCCUCACGCCGCAGCUUAAGUGGUUCAAAUUCCAAACAAGGUUCACCCUCCUCCAGUCGUACCAAGGGGGUGCCACCAAGUUUUGGUUAUGUUAAACGUUCGAAUGGUUGUAAUACCGCCACUGCGGAACAACAAAACAUUGCCAUGAUGAUGAACUCUAACAGUGGUGGUAGUAGUCCACAGAAUGGUCGUACCGCUCAUGUAUCAGCAGUGCCAAGGACUUCGGCGGGUGGACGUAAGGUUCAGGGUGGUACACAGACCUUGCCGCAUGAAGUGACAAAAAUGCCUCCCAAUCCACAACACCGCAGUUAUUCUUUGACGGGACCAGGAGCUACUCAACUGAGCCAGUGCAUAAGAGAACGUUUAGCGGGCUCGCAUAGUCUACCCAAACCGGGUUCAGAUAUGCACAUGUUUCAACAUAGACUGUCCAAUCGUCCUGGCAAAAUGCUGGACGGCUCUCUAUCCGACACCCAAACUUAUGCUGAGGUCAAACCUGAAUACAGCAGUUAUGCCAUGUGGUUAAAGCACAGCAAUACCGCCGGCAGUCGUCUAUCCGAGGGUGAUUCUAUGGAGAAUAUGCAAAUGGGAGGUUCACCCUCUAUGUCAAGGCACAAUCAUAAAAUGAUGCAACAUCGUGCUGCAGCAGCCGCUGCAGUAGCUGCUGCUAAUGCUGCAGCCGCUAAUACGAAUGCUAUGGCAGGGACGGAGUCUCCCUAUGUGCAGAGUCCUCGCUUGAAUCGCAGCAAUAGCAUAAGCUACUUGAAAGAAAGGACAUUUCCAAGAUCUACAAAAUCUGAAAAAAUGUAUCCUUCUAUGUUGUCCAGGGGACCAGAGGUGGAAAUUGAACCCUACUAUUGUCUACCAGUGGGUGCUCAACAUAAUGGUGUUUUAUCUGCUCAAAUGGCUGCGGCAGCCGCCAAUGCCCAGGCCAAUAAUCACAAUCAACAAACUAACUCCAUUGCCUGGAGUCAACCCACCUCUCCCACACCCAUUACUCGGGGUUUUAGUGGUCCUAUGUCUCCUACUCAUGCUAAUACCAUGCCGGGCAUGCAGGGUGUUUCCCAAGGCAAUACAGCCUCGCAUCGUUUAACCUAUCCUAAGAAAAAUGAUGAGGUUCAUGGCAGUACUGCCUCCUUAUUAUCGGGCGGCAGUUCUUUGUAUGGCACUUCGGAAGAAAGACAAGCUCAAGAAAUUCGUCGUCUUAAAAGGGAAUUAAUGGAAGCAAGAGAACAGGUGUUAAGUCUAAGCGGUCAACUGUCAACAAAUGCUCAUGUAGUGGCUGCUUUUGAGCAAUCUUUAUCCAAUAUGACUUCGCGUCUACAGCACUUGACAGCCACUGCAGAACGUAAGGAUGGUGAGUUGACGGAUAUGCGCCAGACAAUAGAGCUUUUACGUAAACAGUCCAUACAAGCUGGUUUAACUACGGCUCAUAUGCAAAGUAUGGGUGUGCAGACACAAAGUCAAACACAAAAUGAUUUACUAAGCAAUAAACCACCACCACUGCCACCCUCUAUGCCGGGCCAACAUAUGUCCCGAGCCGCCCAACAUUUACAGCAGCAGCAAACGGGCUCAAAUGGUCAAACGGGAGCCAUGCAACGUCAUCACAGUUCGGAUUCUAUGUGUUCAGUUAAUUCCAUUGGUUCCAGUUGCUCGACUCAGGAUAAGAAACAGAAAAAGAAGGGCUGGCUGAGGAGCUCUUUUACCAAGGCUUUUUCGCGUAAUGCCAAAAUAUCGAAAACUAGUCGUCAUGUGGGUCAUAAUCACUCGGGUUCUCAAGCCAGUGAUAUAGGCAGUCAUGCCUCUGGUUUAAAUCGGCCCAAUGGUCAUGGUGAUCCUCCCGGUUUAUCGGCUCUGGCCACACAACCGGCUCCUACUAUGCCGGCCUCACCCACCAAAUCUAGCCCUGCUAAAACCGUCACCCUAAUAGAUAAUGCCAAACCCAUAGAUGCCAUAGAUCAUGAUGAAAAUACUCAUGUCGUGGAGGAGUUAAAGAAACAAUUAAGAGAAAAGGAUUUAGUUUUAACCGAUAUAAGAUUAGAGGCUUUAAGUUCAGCCUCACAAUUGGAGAGUCUCAAGGAGACCGUCAAUAAAAUGCGUGCCGAAAUGAUGUCUUUGAAACAGAACAAUGAGAGGCUACAGAAAAUGGUUACCAGUAGGUCUUUGGCUGGCUCGGAGGCCUCUUUGGGCAAUGCCAUAAGUCCUAAUGGCUCGAUAGGUGAAUCACGUAGAUACUCCUUGGCCGAUGGUAACUCCCGGCCGCCCAUGGAACUGCCCAAAAGAUUAGAAGAAGAAGUAGAGGAGGAGAAUAUACCGCCCGCACCAGCACCCGAACCUCCACCACCUCCAAUCUCACCCACCACCCACAUAGAUUUAACACCACCUCCUCCCGCUUUAGAAGCCAUGACCAGUCCGGCUCAUAUACCAUCCACCGCCGAGGAUAUGCAGGAUGUUAGUGAUGGCAAGAAAAUAGCCAUAGCCUGCUAUCUAGGACAACCCGAGUCAUUCGCCAAAUACUGCGAGGAAAUGUUGGAGGUAGAUGAUUUCUAUGCCAAUAGCUCUAUGCUUGUUAGCAGUCUAGAUGAGAAUGGUGAACGUAAAGCAUUCCCUACGGCCAGUCCCAAUGAAUUUGUCAUAGCCUAUACUUAUAUAUCGGGCAAGACUUCGUGGCAAAAUUUGGAUUAUAUAGUGCGUAAAACCUUUAAGGAUUAUGUAUCACGCAUAGAUCCCGGCACCAAUUUGGGUUUGAAUACCGACUCUAUAACCUCUUACCACUUAGGUGAAGCUAAACGUGGACCCGAAAUGGGUUUCCCUGAACUAUUACCCUGUGGUUAUAUAGUGGGCAAUGUGCGUACUUUGUAUAUAUGUUUACAAGGAGUGGGCAGUUUGGCUUUCGAUAGCCUGAUACCCAGAAGUAUAGUGCAUCGUUAUAUUAGCUUGCUAACCGAACAUCGUAGACUGAUACUGUGUGGUCCCAGUGGUACGGGUAAAUCAUAUUUAGCCAGACGUUUGGCUGAGUUUUUAGUGGCCAGAUCGGGUAGAGGCAAUCCCUCGGAAGCUAUAGCUACAUUUAAUGUGGAUCAUAAAUCCUCUAAGGAGUUAAGACAAUAUUUGGGCCAUAUUGCUGAACAGGCUGCCAUAGCUAAUGGCGCUUCAGAAUUGCCUUCUGUGAUUAUAUUGGAUAAUUUACAUCAUGCCUCGGCUUUGGGUGAUGUUUUCUCUUGUCUGUUGAGUGCGGGACCAGCAGCUAAGCUGCCCUGUAUUAUAGGCACUAUGUCGCAGGCCACCUGCAAUACCACCAAUUUGCAAUUGCAUCAUAAUUUUAGAUGGGUUUUGACUGCCAACCACAUGGAACCGGUUAAAGGUUUUUUGGGACGUUUCCUAAGACGCCGUUUAUUUCAAUUGGAACUGCAGACCCAACAUUCUCAACCCGAAUUGGCUUCGGUUUUGGCUUGGUUGCCCACUGUAUGGCAGCAUAUUAAUCGUUUUUUGGAGGCCCACAGCUCUAGUGAUGUUACCAUUGGGCCACGCCUUUUCUUGGCCUGUCCUUUAGAUUUGAAAGAGUCUCAAGUUUGGUUUACCGAUAUUUGGAAUUAUCAUUUAUCACCCUAUCUAAUCGAGGCCGUACGUGAAGGUGUGCAAUUAUAUGGCAGACGUGGUGGAGCUUGGAAUGAUCCUUCCGCAUUUAUAAGAAAUUCCUAUCCUUGGCCUUAUGGACCCGAUUCAGUGCCGCCUCUAAGGCAAAUAAAUGCCGAAGAUGUGGGUUUGGAGGGUGUGGCCGUUAGUAAUGGCGAUAAUCAAGAUCCUUUGCUAAACAUGUUAAUGCGUUUACAAGAGGCUGCCAACUAUUCGGAAAAUCAAGAUCAAGAAUCAGACUGUGCCAGUUUAGAUUCAAACAUAACACCCGAUUCCUCAGCAGGGGCUGAAUGAGAUUUACUAAGGGAGGGCACUACUAAACACUGGUUAUAAGGGCAAACGAGAAAGAUAUUUUAAAAGAAAUUAAGAAAACAAACUUUAUACAGCUUUUCCCCCAAAGUUUAUAUAACAAACAAUCUAUAUAUAUAUAUUUAAUUAUAUAAUCAAUAUUAACAACUAAUCCUUUAUUUAUAUAAACUUUACACCACAAAACAUCUUUAUACAAACUAUGUAAAUGUAUUAAAUACCAAAAUUUUUUGUAUAUUUUAUAUGAGAAAAUCUUAAAAAAAAAGAUUAACAAAUACCAAGACUUUUGUUUAGGGACUAAAGUUAAAAAAUGACAGCUUGUUUAAACUUAAAAAUGCCAAAAAUUGUGUGUUUACACUUAAAGAAAUUUGUUUUUGUUUUAACUUUAUUUAUUAUUUUUCCUUUUUAUUUAUUAUUUUUCCCUAACUUGCACUACUUUCUUUAGAAUUUUUUUGUUUUUUGUCUUGGCACAAAAAUUUUUGAAAGCAGUUGCUUAAGUAACACUUUUGUAAUACACUGUAUACACUGUAAAAAACUAGCAUUAUGAGUUCAAAUUGGUUAUGUGUUAAAAUUGCACUUUUAAGCGGCACUUGUUAAAAAUGCAAAUUUUUUUUAUAACUACACUGAGAGAAGAGAAGACAUGAAAAUUAUAUUGCACUUAUAUUAACCUUAUAUUUUUUUGGGUUAAACUAAAACAAAUUUCUUUAAAGUUUUUAGUAAAAUUUUAGGGGUAAUAGGUAGAGGGUAUGAGGAGAGUUAAUUUAUUACAUUAGGCCCCAAGUUAGGCUUAAAAGUAAGAUCUAAAAAGCUUUAAAAGUGGUCAAAGUCAUAUGUUUGCUUAAAGACGGCAUAGAAUCCCUUUUCUGCUGUAAUGCUUAGACGUUCCCUUAAAGACUAAAUUUUUUCUAUAAACAUAGAUCUUGUUCGCAUAAAUGCUAUAUGAAUGCUUAAUUGUCUAAAAGUAUAUGGAAUAGACAUUUCAACACUAAGUUCCCUUUCGCAUAAAUGCUUAGACGUUCAUAAAUGGAUGCUUAAAUGAUUUAAAGUAAAGGGAAGAGACAUGGCUAAAA